AGGCAAAGCUCAACUCAGGCAGAGGGUUCCACACACAAUCCCAUCAUGAGCACCGCACUUUUUUGUUAACCAACAAAUAGUAUUUGUUAUUACUCAACGUGCACAAAGUUCAAAAAGUACACUUGGCAGUAAGACGCCAUCUAUUUCAAUAUCUUUAUCUUAAAACCAGAAAAAUGACACUAAGUCUACGAGAUGAUGACUAGCCCACCACAGCCCCGGUGAGGAUUCCAAGGCCCCUCUACCGCGGUGGGACAAAAAUGAAGACUAGUUCUUGCAGUUUUCCAACUGCAUGGUCUCCUCCAGCCCCUGAGGGCGGGGGACUGAGGGGGAUGGGCGAAGAGGCGCAGGAGGAAGGCUGGAGGUUGAAGGGGUGGGCGGAGGAACGUUCGUCGAGGCCCCGCCCUGGUCUUGCCCCUCUGCACCCAGCCACACAUUCCCGAAGAAGGGCUGCAGCCAUGGCCUCGGCGGCGGGCGGUGCGUCCUACUUCCAGAGGGGCUCUCUGCCCUGGUUCACGUUCAUCAUCCUCGCCCUUGGCUACUACACAUGGGUUGUCUUCUGGCCUCAGAGUAUCCCGUAUCAGAGCCUUGGGCCCCUGGGUACCUUUACUCAGUACUUGGUGGAUAACCAUCACACCCUCCUGCGAACUGGGUAUUGGCUUGCCUGGCUGAUUCAUGUGGGAGAGUCCUUAUAUGCCAUGGUAUUGUGCAAGCAUAAAGGCAUCACAGAUGGUCAAGCUCGGCUGCUCUGGUUCCUGCAGACUUUCCUAUUUGGGAUAGCGUCUCUCUCCAUCUUGAUUGCUUACAGACCAAAGCGCCAAAAACAAACUUAAAGAAGAUAUUCAAAAGCUUUCCCUACACUUUUACAUUCCACCUUACCUUGGGCGGGGGGUCGGGGGGGAGCAGGAAGGCAGUGUUUACUCAGUGAUUUUCUACUUUCUAGAAAGUAUCUGAGCUUCAAAGCUAUUUAAGACCCACUAGUUACUCAUCUUUUACAUGGUCUGAUUGAACUUAAUAGACCAAUGUUACUUAAGACAGAAAUAGGAAAAGACUUUAGCUUUCCAGUUCUGCAGACUGACUUUUUUAGAUGAGGGCUUCCAGCUACCUUUUUAAUGUCCUUGACUCCUUCCCUGGAGGACUGCCAGGUUUAUCUGCAGACUAGUAUUUAUUUCCUUUCCAUGAUACAGCAGGGCAGGUUAUUAGUAUUAUGCAAACAUUUGUGAGAACUAACCUCCUCCCCAAAAUAGAGCCCUCAAGGAAAAGUACCACCCUGAACAAUUAUGGAUUAUGAAUAGUUUGGAGUGGAGAUACGUUUCUGCAAAUAUAUCUCAGUCUUUCCUUCUAUUUCUCUGGUGAUUAAGGUGUUGCUUUUUGGUAAGGAAAAAAAGAUUUUUGACCAUGAAGUCAAGCAUCAUGGAAAUUGAACCCAGAUUUUUUUUUUUAAAACAUGGUUCCUUCCAAAGAGAAAUAAUGAUAGUAAUAUAUAUAUUAGUGGUGCUGGAAACAACACGAGAGAUUAUUGAGCAAAACAGAUAAACUUGAAUAAAAUUCUGUGACUUGUCUAACCAAA